AUGGGAAAUGAACUUUCGACACUAUUGAAGAUUAAAAAGAAUAGAAUAAUAAAUGAAAAAGACUCUAGCCUUAAUAAUCAUGAACAUAACAAAAGCAUAAAUUCAAAUACUGGAUUUCCUGUAGUUGAUUAUGAUUUAGAAAAAGAAAAGCAUCACCACGAAUUUCUCUUUAAAAUCUGGAACUCAAAUUUUUCUUCUCCAAUCGAAUCUAUUUUAAAACGUGGUAAUGUCAAAGUUCUCGAUGUUGGAUGUGGAUAUGGCACAUGGAUUUUUGAUAUGGCAAAUAAUUACACUCUUUCACAUUUUACUGGAAUUGAUAUUAUAGCCCCAAAAAAUAUUAUUCCUUCAAAUGUCAGUUGGGUACAAGCUGAUGUUUUGGAGAGAUUACAAUACUCAAAUG